UUAAACAGAUCAGGUUGGGCCACACAACACGCAAUUUUUAGGACAGCAAAAAUGAUGAGAAAACUCUUCAGCUUCUUGGUAGCUUUAAUUCUCUUCAGUCUGGUGUCUUUUGCUGGGGUUUUACUCUACAGCAAAGACAGCUUUUUGACCUAUUUAACAACAACAUAUCCUGUGGCAAAUGGAAAAUAUUCAUUUUCCAGGAGGGUAAAAGAGACUGAAGACCCAAAAGUCGGCCAAGGAACGACACAUAUGCCGGCCUCUAUGAACAAGACUUUGGGACCCUGUACUGACCCCCCUCCAAAUCUUCUGGGACCUCUCCAAGUGAAGUUUAACUUAAGUCUGACUUUGGAAGAGGUGAUAAAGGAGAUCAGUCCUGCUCUCCAGGAGGGAGGAAGGUACAAGCCGCCAGACUGCAUCGCAAUACAGAAGGUGGCAAUCAUCAUCCCAUUCCGAAAUCGGCAUGUGCACCUGAAACAAUGGCUGUAUUAUCUCCAUCCUAUAUUGAUGCGGCAGCAGCUGGACUAUGGUGUGUAUGUCAUCAACCAGGAUGGAGAUGGAGUGUUCAACCGGGCUAAACUGAUGAAUGCAGGAUAUGUUGAAGCCCUGAAGCAAUAUGAUUAUGACUGCUUUGUCUUUUCUGACGUAGACCUGGUUCCCCUAGAUGACCGCAACAUCUACAAAUGUUUUGACAAUCCCAGACACUUGAGUGUGGCUAUCGACAAAUUUAACUUUAUUUUACCCUAUGACACCAUCUUCGGUGGGGUCUCUUCAUUUUUCAAGAAUCAAUUCUUGAAAAUUAAUGGCUUCCCUAACACUUACUGGGGCUGGGGUGGUGAGGAUGACGAUAUCUAUAAGCGAACCCUCUUCCGUGGGAUGUCCAUUUCUCGGCCUGACUCUGAAACUGGAAAGUACAAGAUGAUCAAACAUAACAGAGACUUGCACAAUGAGGCCAAUCCAAAGAAUCCUGAAAAACUGAUACACACAGAGACGACCAUGGAUGAAGAUGGGAUUAAUUCCCUGAAAUACACAGUCAAGGAGAUUGUGAAGGGUGCAUUGUACACUUUUAUCACUGUGGAUAUUCAGGCUCCAGCAAGCUAAAAAACAUUUAAAACUACAUUUGGCAUUUGAUAAAUUUGAGUGAGACAUAACAUUUUUUUAAAAUUUGAAGGUAUGUUGAGGUAUUUAGAGAUAAAAUACAACACGUUAUCAAAGAUUAAACCAGUGAUUUUUACAUUUUUAUUUUUAUUUUGCCUUCUGGCAUCCUAAAAGAAAGCAGGAUACAGUCACGCUGACGGACUGAUUCUUAUGUGAUAGCAGAAGUACUCAGGUCUGCCACUUUAAGGAAGGACAACAAUCCAGAAUGUAUGGCUCGUAAAUGAUCUACACAGGUUGAUGCAAAGAUUAAUAUUUCUGUCUGAGAUCUGACGAUUACUGAUCGAGGUCAAAGUCUAUCUUGAAACCAGUCCCUAUGAAUAAAUAGUAUAUGGUGGUGAAGGGAUUUUAUAUCUUGUUUUACAUUUAUUUGUACAAUUAUUAAUUUCAAUCAAUCAAUCAAUCAAUCAAUCAAUCAAUCAAUCAAUCAAAAUUUAUUUAUAGAGCACUUUACAACACUCAAAGUGACCAAAGUGCUUUCCAGUUAAAAUCAAACAGUAAAAUUAGAAAUAAAAGCAAAUUAAAAGAAAGCAACAAUAGAACACAUAAUAAAAUCAAAUGAAAUCAAAUAAAAUGAGAUAAAAUAAGAUAAAAUGUCACCACAUUACUGAGUAUUAAAAGCCAGUCUGAAAAGAUAUGUUUUGAGCCGGGGUUUGAAAAAGCCAAAGUCGACGAUGGUGCGCAUGUCAGGGAGCAGUUUGUUCCAAAGUCUGGGCCUAGUGACUGAAAGGGCUCGAUCACCCUAGUGUUUGUACCUGGCAUAAUUUAGUUCUAUUGAUUCCUAUUGGAUGUCUGACAGAAAUGCAACAUCUUUUAUAUUUUUAUUGUUGUCAUAUGGGACACAGGGGAAAGGUACUAUGUCAGUGAGAAACCUGUUAUUACAUUUGUUGUUGAAAAUUGUUUAUACUGUUGUUUUCACUAUUUUUGGUUGUCACAGUUUAAGAAUGACAAUUGGAUGAUUAUUAUUGUGGCAGUAAUGCAAUGGUGUAUGUAUAUGUUUCUUUUGGAUGGAAGGGGUUGAUAUUUAUUCAUAACCUUUGCAGCAAACAUAGCAUUCUGUACAGUACCCAUAUAUAUGAUGAUGUCUUGUGGUCAGAACUGCCUUUGGACAAUCGAUCUUCUCCUACAAAGCAAUAACAGAAUGGAAUAAGCUUCCCACUGAACUAAAGGCAAUAACUGAUUUUAAAAACUUUUCUAAAGAGAAUAAAAAAUGGAUCCGGAGAAACCAAACCUGUCAGCAUUGACAGUCCUUGAAAUGACGUUUUGUUUUUUUUUUGUUUUUUUUUUAAUCGUGUAAAUGUGAGAACAUGAGAUCCUUUUUUAAACAAAUGUGAUGCAUUGCUUUUCUAUCUUUACUUGUUUCUCUCUUGCCUGCCCCAAGGACUGCAGAUGGAAACUAGCGAGUACGCUAUAAUCUGGUACAGAUUAUAGCGUACUCGACCAACACACACCGGCAAAGUAAGGCAUAUUAAACUAGCUAGCAGCAGUGUCACACACAUGAAGACAAUGAGCAGAACGAUCUUCAGUGGGAAGUUGACGGGCCGGUGGUACGGCUGGAAACCCACUGGACCGCCCUGCUGCAGAAUGGCCUGAUGGGCAGCGUGAAGCCCCUCCCCCAGACUGGGAAUCAGGUUGUUGUUAUGGCGACCGGGAGGGUUAUUUGGUUGGUUGUCCUCGUCUUCAUGGUCGCCCAGCAGGUGUGAGUGAAGGUCAAACACGUAUCCAGCUGUGAAUGUCCAACCUUGUGUUUAACAUUCUUCUGUACAUGGUCCCUGUGAAAUAAACUAAUCAUAAUAAAAAAAAAA